GGGCUCGUCCAGCCGGGGCAGAGUCAGGAGAGGGAGAAGGUGAAAUGCUACGACUCGGUGCCGGGCACCAUCUACGACUAUGGGGCCCUAACCAUCGAUGGGGACGAGUACAUCCCCUUUAAGAACUAUGCAGGGAAGAUGGUGCUCUUCGUCAACGUGGCCACGUACUGAGGCCUCACCCUGCAGUAUGUUGAACUGAAUGCACUACAAAAUGAGCUGGGGCCCUACGGGCUCGUCGUACUGGGCUUUCCCUCUAACCAAUUUGGGAAGCAGGAACCUGGCCAGAACUCGGAGAUCCUCCCUGCCCUGAAGCAUGUCCGGCCAGGGGGUGGCUUCGUCCCCAACUUCCAGAUCUUCCAGAAAGGGGAUGUUAAUGGAGCCAAGGAGCAGAAAGUCUUCACCUUCCUGAAGAACUCCUGUCCUCCAGUGGCAGAGGAGUUUGGGAACCCCAAGAACCUCUUCUGGGAGCCUCUGCGGAACCACGACAUCAAGUGGAACUUUGAGAAGUUCCUGGUGGGUCCUGACGGUGUGCCCGUCAUGCGCUGGUACCACCGCGCCAACAUCGCUGUCGUGAAGAACGACAUAAUUGCCUACAUGAGGGAACAGCAGCAGCAGCAGGAGCAGGAAAAACUGCCGGAGCCAGCCUGA